GAAUUUUUCAAAUAAAAUUUGAAUUUUCAAAGUAAUACCAAAAUCGACAGAGAAAUACUUUUUAAAUUAUUUUAUUAAAAAGAGAACUAAUCAUCAUUUCAAUUUUUACAAAAUGGGAUUUCAUCGCCUAAGAAGAGAUGAACUGGAUGCUGUACCAGAAUAUGCUGUUCCCGAGGAACUAGUUAAGAUUUUAAAAAAUAUUUUAAAUGGAAAUAAUAUGAUGGCUAAUUCGGCCAAUAAAUGGACAACGUUUUUAGAAAAAAUAAAAAAUUUAAAAGAUUUUGAUGAUGAUAAUUAUUUCUCUACUUUGAGAAAUCUUUUAUAUUUGGAAGAAUGUUUUGAUAAUAAUUCUAUAGACGAUGUAAAAAAGAAGGAGAUAGUAAAAAUAUGUUAUAAAAAGGAAGAAUCGCAUUUUAAAAUAAAUCUAAAAAAAAUUGAUAAAGAACUUUGCUUUUUAACAGAAAAUUCUGUUAUAGAAGUACAAAAUAUAAAAAUGUUUCCUAAACGAAAAUCCAAGAAUGAUAAGAUUGAGCCGAUUAAGGUUGAUGUGGAAAAACAUAGUUUUAUUGUAACUAAAGUAUCAUCAGAAUCAGGGUACAUUAAUGUAAAACCUAAAAAUUACGAAAAAUUCAGAAGACAACAUCAAAAAAAUGAUACGUAUUACAUUGAAUUUGAAUAUUCCAAUUGGCCCACCAGAGUCUGUCAAUAUGCAAUCGAUUUGAUUGAUUGCGAUCUUGGCUCAUUAAAACUUUAUACAAGGAGAUUGUCAUAUACUCCAAAAACAUUAAUUACAUCAUUCAUUAAUAAAAACAUUGCAAGAAAUCCCGAGCAAGUGCAAGCGGUACAACAAAUUGUCGGCGGCACAUCAUAUCCGUCGCCAUAUUUAGUCUUCGGGCCUCCGGGAACUGGAAAAACUUCCACGAUUGUUGAAGCGGUUUGUCAAUUAAUCGAGAGAGGCAAGAAUAUUCUAAUCUGCACUCCUUCCAAUGUUGCUGCCGAUGAGGUUACAAGAAGGUUAUUGAAUUGUGACAUUUCGCCUGAUUUGAUUUAUCGAAUGACGAGUAAAUCAGUCGAAAGAGGGUUAUUUAGAGAUACUAUACCGCAGGAUGUAAAGAUUUGUAUGCAUUUCGAAAAGGGAGGUAUUGAGUAUCUAAAAAGUUCUGCUAUUCGGCGUAAAAAAGUAAUUAUAUCAACACUUAUCUCAGCUGCAAGAUUUUUGAGAUUAACAUAUUUCGAGAAUUUUUUUAAUUAUAUUUUUAUCGAUGAAGCUGGCCAAGCAACUCAGCCGGAAACUUUUAUACCAUUUGCCAUUUCAAGGAGACAUAGAAGAUGUAAUCUUGUAAUGUCUGGAGAUCCGAAACAAUUGGGACCAAUUGUAAUGACUAAAUAUGGUAGUCAUUUACUAGGAAUUUCAAUGUUGGAACGUUUAAUGGAGAAGAGUUAUCUUUACAAGAAGGAUUAUAAUAGUAAUAAAUACAAUCCGAACUUUUUAACGAAACUCGUGCAGAAUUAUCGAAAUCACGAAACAAUACUUCGAUUACCAAACCAUAUGUAUUACGACAGCGAACUCAUUGCAUGUGCCGGUAAUGGAGUGAAAAUUGCCGAAAAUUGGAGAAAUCUACCGAUAAAAGGAUUUCCGAUUAUUUUUCACCCUGCGUAUGGACAUGAAGAAAAUAAUGAGUCUCAUAGCAUUGCAAACACAGUUGAGGCAGAAAUUGUUAUGAACUAUGUUGAAAAAUUACUUUAUGAAGGUUUGGAAGGUAUGCAAAUUUUUCAAAGGAAUAUUGGUAUUAUCACGCCAUUUCGAUAUCAAAAGAGUAUAAUUAUGAAGAAACUUAAAAAUAGAAAUUUAUCCAAAAUAUCUGUCGGAACUGUCGAAAGUUUUCAGGGUCAGGAGAGAGAUAUUAUCAUUGUCUCUUUAGUCAGGUCAGCAAUUUUCAAAAACGGAAAGAAACCUCACAUUGGAUUUUUGAAUGACGAUAAGAGAUUUAAUGUAACGAUCACUCGAGCAAAGUGUUUGCUAAUCGUUAUUGGCAAUCCAAUGGUGUUACAAAUCGCCGAUUGCUGGAGAAAUUUCAUCAACUAUUGUAAUGGCACCUAUUGCAUAGAUAAAGUCAUCACGAAGAAUCCUAUUCAAUCUUAUAAUAAUCAAAUCAUUGAAAAUAGAUUUAUGACGUAUUGUAAUCGCACCUAUUGCACAGAUAAAGUCAUCACGAAGAAUCCUAUUCAAUCUUAUAAUAAUCAAAUCAUUGAAAAUAGAUUUAUGACGACAAGAAGUAAUCAGCAUCAAAGCAUUGUAAAUAGACUUAUGACGACAAGAAUUCAUCAGAAUCAAGAUAAAAUUGCCAAUAAUCAUCAAAAUAUGGAAAAUAAAAUUAGAUGGACAAGAAAUGAUCAGAAUCAGCAUAAAAUUGCCAAUAAUCAUCAAAAUAUGGAAAAUAAAAUUAGAUUGACAAGAAAUGAUCAGAAUCAAAAUGUGGGUAAAAGAACUACAAGGACAAGAAAUUAUCAGAAUCAAGCUAAAAAUGAAAAUAAUCAAAACGUUGAAAAUAGACUUAUGAGGACAAAAAAUGAUCAGAAUCGAAAUAAAAGUGCAAAUAAUCAAAAUAUUCCAAAUAGACUUAUGUCGACAAGAAAUGAUCAGAAUCAAGCUAAAAGUAAAAAUAAUCAAAACAUUCCAAAUAGACUUAUGUCGACAAGAAUAAAUGAUCAGAAUCGGGAUAAAAGUGCAAAUAAUCAAAAUAUGGAAAAUAGAAUUAGAAAAGCAAGAAAUGAACAGAACAAGGAGAAAACUGACAAUAACAAAAACAGAAAUUAUAAGUAAGGGAAUAAAUUAUAAAACAAAUUCUCCUGUAAAUGAAUGCACAAAUUUUAUUUUUUGUACAUUAAAUUUUGCCGCAUUUUUAAAUAUAAAUUAAUUUAUAUAUAUAUAUACUUUUUGAAAAAGUUUAAACGACAAUAUAAUUGUCUUAUUUUUAAGCAAAAUUAUUUUUUAACUACGAAAAUAAAAUUGUUUUAUACAGUUUGUUACUUAUAUUUCACUAUGUUUUUUUUUUGAACACGUGAAUAUUGACGAUUAUGAAAGAUUUUUUUUUUUGUAAAAGCGAUGCUAGAUUCACUCCAAUUCACUCCUAGUGAGUGACAUUUGAGAUUGGUUCUAGAAAUAAAAAUUUUAUAUUUUAAAAAA